AUGCCGGGAGUAGAAAGUGUUAAGAAGGAAAUCGAUGAAAGUGUUUUGGGGCAAACUGGGCCCUACAAACGCCCGGAGCGGCUCCGGAAACGAACGGAAUAUUCCGGAGAGAGGAUCAAAGAGGAGAGGAUAUUUGAGGCUAAUGAGGAGGCCAUGGGAAUGGUGCUGCACAAAGACUCCAAGUGGUACCAGCAGUGGAAAGAUUUCAAGGACAACAACGUGGUUUUCAACAGGUUCUUUGAGAUGAAGAUGAAGUACGACGAGAGCGACAACGCCUUCAUCCGAGCGUCCCGCGCCGUCACCGACAAAGUCACCGACUUGAUAGGUGGAUUGUUCUCCAAGACGGAGAUGUCGGAGGUGUUGACGGAGAUCCUCAAAGUGGAUCCCUCCUUUGACAAGGAUCGUUUCCUGAAGCAGUGUGAGCGGGACAUCAUCCCCAACGUCCUGGAGGCUCUGAUAUCCGGGGAGCUCGAGAUCCUCAAGGAUUGGUGCUACGAGGCCACUUACAGCCAGCUGGCUCAUCCCAUCCAGCAAGCCAAAGCCUUGGGGCUCCAGUUCCAUUCCAGGAUCCUGGACAUCGACAACAUCGACUUGGCCAUGGGGAAGAUGAUGGAGCAGGGACCAGUUUUGAUCAUCACCUUCCAGGCUCAGGUCGUGAUGGUGAUAAAGAACCACAAAGGAGAGGUGGUGGAAGGAAAUCCGGACAAGGUGCUGAGGAUGCUCUACGUGUGGGCCCUGUGCCGGGACCAGGACGAGCUCAAUCCCUACGCGGCCUGGAGGCUCCUGGACAUCUCCUCGUCCAGCACCGAGCAGGUCCUCUGAGGAAUCCAUGCAGCCAGGGCCUUCCUGACCCUCUGGAGCUCGGAACUCGCCCCAGCCUCCUGGACUGUGGGGGGAAAAAGCCAGGCUGGGGGCUCUUGGGGGGCUUUUUUUUGGGAGAGCGGGUGAUGCCGGUGAUCCCAAAUGCCCGGAGGAGCCGGGCGGGUGUGCCCUCCCUGCCCCGUGCUUUGCUGUGUCCAAGGGUUUGUAGAGCUCCACCUCAGAGACACGGCCUGGUCCUUCUUUCGUCGUGCCUGGAGCGUUUCCCAGGAUUCCAGCGAGGUGGGAAUCGGGAGGGGGCUGUUCCAGGUCUAAUUCCCACCUCCGGCGGCCUCGGAGCAGCCCUGGAAAAGCCUUUUUUCCACUCUGAGCUGCCACGUGUCCUGUCCAAGCUCCACCACCAGGCCUUGUGUCCCUGCCUCGCACUUUACCAGCCAAAUACAAGCAGGACUUUGCA